UACCAUGGACAGCAACUCGCGCUAGACUGCAGAGAAUCAGUUCUAGGGGACAGGGCUGCAUACAAACGCUGGAUCCUCGACAAUUCGGGUAUAAACUUAAUUUGACUGAUUCAACUCUCGUUUACCUGUUCCUCUCCUCAGUUCGUGCAAGGGUUUACUUUAAUUUCUAGUUGUAAUACCAGCGAGUGGAAACGAGCUGCAUUUAGCUGCAUUGUCUCUCUGCAUAGACCUGCUUCACUCUCCAUCCAGUCAAAAAGUGCGAUUUAAAAAUAAUAAUAAACAUUGUUAAGGUAGUGUAUUGGUAAGUGUUUGAACUUUAGCUGAUUAUAUAUCUAGUUAGUCUCUCAUAACUGCUGCAGCGGUUGAUUAGGCUAUUGUAUUGUAGUUUGUGCUUUGCCUUCAUGCUUUAUAGUGAUGCAGUUUCAGCAGGCUAAAGAAACAUGACGUUUCUUAGUUUAAUUCUUUGCUGGGGCAUGCUCUUUUGAUGCGCAAUAUACAUUCAUUUGCAAUUGGCGAUUCUCUUUUACCUAAAUAUCCUCCUCAAACCAAGAUAAACAGUUUUGUGGACACAAGCCUAAGUGCACAAUGAGGUCCCUCCACGACUUUUUCAAUUGCACUUAAAAAGAAGAGGGAGAGAGAGGGCGAGAGAGAGGCUGCAGGAAGCGACGCCUGCCAACCCUCAGGGGUUCCUACAUCAAACAGACUCUCGCGUCAUCUUAGCAUUCGAAACGGAGACGACUCUUGAUAGGUUGAUAGAAUAUAUAGACAUAGAAGUUUUUCUCGCUAACCUAAAGCAAGAUGAAGAAGUUUCGAAAGGUACUGGACGGCCUGUCAUCCUCCUCCCCGGGGGGUGUCGCGUCCCCCUCGUGCGGCAGUGCAGCUGGUACCCCGACCGCUCACGCGCCCACUCCCCAGGAUAUCCAUGUCCAGGAGACGCUAGUCUCGGAAAACUUUCAGAUAUGCAAGACGGUACGCCAUGGCUUCCCGUACCAGCCCACCUGCCUGGCCUUUGAUCCCGUCCAGAAGAUCCUGGCCAUCGGCUCCAGAACAGGAGGCAUUCGGAUCCUGGGACGGCCUGGUGUGGACUGCUAUAGCCAGCAUGAAAGUGGAGCCGCUGUCCUCCAGCUACAGUUCCUCAUCAACGAGGGGGCGCUGGUUACGGCAUGUGCAGACGACACGCUACACCUGUGGAACCUUCGCCAGAGACGCCCAGCCAUCCUGCACUCGCUUAAAUUCAACAGGGAGAGGAUCACGUUUUGCCACCUCCCCUUCCAGAGUAAAUGGCUGUACGUGGGCACAGAGCGUGGCAAUACACACAUCGUCAACAUCGAGUCCUUCGUUCUGUCUGGAUACGUCAUCAUGUGGAACAAGGCCAUAGAAUUAGCAACUAAAGCACAUCCAGGGCCCGUGGUCCAUCUGAGUGACAGCCCGAAGGAUGAAGGCAAGUUGCUGAUAGGGUUUGAGAGUGGAACAGUAGUCCAAUGGGACCUCCGAGCCAAGAAGGUUGACUUCAGAAUCUACUACGAUGAGGCUAUCCAUUCUGUGAGCUGGCAUCACGAGGGGAAGCAGUUCAUGUGCAGCCACUCAGAUGGCAGCCUGACUAUGUGGAACCUGAGAAACACAGCCAGGCCCAUUCAGAUCACCUACCCUCACGGGAAGAUACUGAAGGACGGGAGGAAAGAGUCGUGUAAGCCCAUCCUCAAGGUGGAAUACAAGACCUCCAGGAACAGCAGUGAGCCCUAUGUCAUCUUCUCUGGGGGUCUGUCAUAUGACAAGUCCGGUGGAAGGAGGCCCACCCUGACCAUCAUGCACGGCAAGGCCAUCACAGUGCUGGAGAUGGACCACCCUAUCGUAGAGUUCCUAGUGCUCUGUGACACCCCAUACUCCAACGAGGUCCAGGAUCCUUAUGCAGUGGUUGUGCUUUUAGAAAAGGACUUCAUCGUGGUGGAUCUGACACAGAGCAACUUCCCCAUCUUUGAGAACCCCUACCCAAUGGACAUCCACGAGUCUCCUGUCACCUGUACGGCUUACUUCGCUGAGUGCCCUCCUGACAUCAUCCCCAUCCUCUACUCCAUAGGGGCCAAGCAGAAGAAGACUGGCUACAGCCACAAGGAGUGGCCAGUGAGCGGUGGGACAUGGACACUAGGCUCACAGACCUACCCAGAGAUCAUCGUCACAGGACACGCAGACGGAACCGUAAAGUUUUGGGACGCCUCUGCUAUUACACUGCAGAUGCUGUACAAGCUGAAGACGUCCAAGGUGUUUGAGAAGCCCAAGGCGGGAGAGGGUCGGGCGGGCGAGCUGGUAGAGGAGGACCCCUACGCCGUUCAGAUGGUCAGCUGGUGCCCACAUAGCCGUCUCUUCUGUGUGGUGGGCAUUUCUGCCCACGUCAUUCUCUACCGGUUCAGCAAACACGACGCCAACACGCAGAUAGUGUCACUAGAGGUGCGCCUGCAGUUUGAUCCAGAGGACGUCAUCUCCCCGUCAGAGGCAGAGAACAACCCGUGUUUCUCGGAUCCCAGUUCCCACUCCCCCCAGCCACCCGGUAGCCCUGGCAGUGGCACACAGGACAGCCUCCCCUGCCUCAAGGUGAAGAGUCGUCCAGUGCGGAUGCCCCCGGGGUACCAGGCUGAGAUGGUGGUGCAGCUGCAGUGGGUGGAUGGAGAGCCCCCCCAGCAGAUCACCAGCCUGGACAUCAACUCUGCCUACGGCCUCCUAGCGUUUGGGAACUGUAAUGGUCUAACGGUGGUGGACUUCCUUCAGAAGACGAUCCUGAUGUGUAUGGGCACACUGGACCUGUACGGAGCCGCAGACCCCUACCAACGACUCACACGCUCCCCACGCAAGAACAGACAGUCCACCUCAGACUUUUGCAUGCGUGGCCUGUCUCACUUUUAUUCAGAUUCAAAGAAAAGGAUCCGUACGUCCUAUCAGAGCCUUACAGAACUCUCCGAUAACCAGGUAUCCAUGGACAUCGAGAGAAGCAAGUCACCCACCUCAGAUCAUGUCAAUGGACAUUGCACUAGUCCCACCUCCCAGCCCUGCUCCGCGGGGAAGCCUCGCAUCACAGGGGUUCCCGAGGGCCCGCGGCUCACCCGGAGAGGGCCUGGCCGACCGCCCUUCCGCAAGGCCCAGUCCGCCGCUUGCAUGGAGAUCUCUUUGCCUGUUUCCUCCCACACAGAAGAAAGUAGAGAGAACUCAUUCAGUCGCUCGCGGAGCUCCAGUGUGUCCAGCAUUGAUCGCGACACCAAGGAGUCAGUGACCACGCUGCAGUUCGGAGAGUCCUACGGCCGUAAGGGCGAUGCUCUGCCUACCGCCUGCCUGUGGGUGGGCACCAGCCUGGGCGUGGUCCUGCUCCUGCCCAUAUCCAUCCCCACAGAAGAGGAGGAGAGGAUGGAGGAGCCCAUCACCAUGGGGCCCAGUGGUACCGUCCUGAUGCUAAAAGGCUCUGUGUUGCGAUUUGCCUUCCUGGACUGUGGGGGCGCUCUCAUUCAGAGUCCCUACGAGGUGUGGCGGGACCCCAACGGUCCCGAGGACCCCGACCGGCCCCGCAGGCGCAAGCUGAUCAACUUCUCCCCGUCAUCAUCCCAGGAGGCGUGCGGUGACGGUCACCUGGCCGUUGUGUGCUCUGAGAAGCAGGCCAAGGUCCUCCUCAUGCCCACCCAGGCUGUCCUGUUCACCCACAACAUCACCGAGUCCUCCUUCCUCCUGCGGGCUGACGUUGUCUCCAUCUGCAACAGCGUCUGCCUGGCCUGCUUCUGCGCCAACGGACACAUCAUGACCCUAAGUUUGCCCAGUCUAAGACCCCUGAUGGAUAUCAACUACCUUCCCCUGACCGACUUGCGUAUCGCCCGGACCUUUGUCUUCACUAACGGAGGCCAGGCCCUGUAUCUGAGCUCUCCUACAGAGAUACAGCGUCUCACAUACAGCCAAGAGAUGACGGACAACCUACAGGACAUGCUGGGGGAGCUGUUCACUCCUAUAGAAACACCAGAGGCCCAGAACAAAGGAUUCCUCAAGGGUUUCUUUGGGGGCAACGCCCAGACCUUUGACAGAGAGGAGCUGUUUGGGGAGGCAGCAGCGGGAAAGGCCUCUCGGAGUUUGGCCCAGCACAUCCCUGGCCCAAUGGGAUUGGAGAACAUGAAGGCUGCAGCCGGCGGCGUCGUGGGGGACCUGGCCCGAGCCCGCAUCGCCCUGGACCAGAGAGGAGAGAGACUGGGCGAGCUGGAGGAACGCACCGCCCUCAUGAUGAACAGCGCCGAGACCUUCUCCACACACGCCCACCAGGUGAUGCUGAAACAUAAGGACAAGAAAUGGUAUCAGCUUUAAAGGCAGGACAGCGGGCUGUGACUGCCCCUCCACCUGGUGGGGGGGGGGGGGCACUAUGCUGGGACAUGGACCUUUACUCAAUGGACAUGAGAGCGAUAGAGAUAGAGAGAGACACAAGAGGGACUUUGUGUUAACGGGCCUUUCCGUAGGCCGUCUGUAAUCAUUGUCACAAGACUUGGACAGAGGGCAGUCACUUAUCUAGACUAUAGUGAGAUGGACACAGACCAGGAAGUAAGUUGGUACGACAGGGGGAACUCAAAGUGGAUGACGACAGUCCAUCAGUGUGUGUGGGUGGGUUACCCAGAUCUUGCUGUGUAGAUACUCUAAAGUUAAUAAUCCAACAAGACUGCAUGAAACUAAACAGAUGAUUACAAAAGAAGUUAAACUGCAAUAUUAAAAAGCAGCAUGCUACUUUAACAGAGGGAAAUAAAACAAAAUAAAACUUUUAUUUAAUAAUAUAAGCCAACAACAGAAAGUAUGGAAUUUUUUUUAUAUUUUUUGAAAUAUGGAAAAAAAGAUAUAUAAAAACGAAAAUGUAUUCCUGCAUAGCUAUAAAGCCACAUUCUGUUUGCCUUGUUUUUAUUACUUUCAUUUUGUUUUUGAACACAUUCUGAACACACAUCAUUUCAGUUUCAAUACUUUCUUUACACAAUACUACUACUGAUGAUACUAUUCAUAUUCCCACCAUUAGACACUGAGCUCAACCUAUAUCGUUAUCCAAGGUCUCUGUGGUGUACUCACAGUGCAAAACCACAAUCUACUCUUUCAACAUAUAUCACUCCACACAUUCUGAACAACUGAAUUGUCAAUUUUACUGGCACUAAUUUCAUUCUCUUGGCUGCUACUACUGACUAGACCUGUUACCAGGAAAAAAAGGUACAUUUCACCCCCCUGCCAGAAAUGUGUGAACACAGAGAAUAUAUUGGUUAAUAAUGUGUGAACACAGAGAAUAUAUUGGUUAAUAAUGUGUGAACACAGAGAAUAUAUUGAUUAAUAAUGUGUGAACGGUCAUGGGAAUGAGUUGUGUUGGCUGAGGUGCCACGGUGAUAGUAGACUGUGAGGUCUGGAUUGAGUGUGUUUAUAUUUCUAAUCUGAACAUAUAUAACAUGAUGUAAUAAUUCACGUGCCAUAAAUCAAGAUGGGUGAAGCCCCUUACUGUAAACUAGCAAAGAGCUAAUACUGUGUGGUAGUAAUGACGUGUUUGCUGUAGAUAAGAGUAGGCUAGCUGAGCCCAACUUUUCAGUAUGGCCGUUGAUAGGCGUCUGGCGCUGUAACUGGGUUUCUGGUUCUUUUGACAGAAUUGUGACACCUUCUUUUAUGUUUUGUUUUUGUUGUUGUUUGUUGCUUCUUCAUUGGAAUCUUCUGCUGCCUUUCUCAUAUUAUGUAUGAGUUUGUUGAGCCAGUGUGUGUCUCACGCAAGCCCAUGUAAAGACAAAACUCUUACUCUUUCUUCUGCCAAAGCAAUUCACGAAUGAAGGUGUCAGUUGGAGGAUUCAUAUGUCAUCAUAUGUUAUUGUGGGUGGUGGGUCCCGUGUUUACAUUUUGGUAUCCAGAGUGGUCCUCUUUUGCACGUUGAUGAGAAAACUAUGCUUCAGAAGUCUCCAGGGGUCUUGUUGAACAGGAGUAGGCCUAGCUAAAAGACUGAGGUAGAGUCAGAUCCAUUUAAGCACUACUACCAUUUCGGAUCAAACAUAUCCUGCGGUCGGUCCGUGUUGUUGAUCUAUAUGGAGAAAUGUAAUAAGAGCGAGACUAACAAUAGCCUACCAUCAUGAGUCUUGUGGUUGUCAGGUGUCGUUGGCACAUACAGUAUAUGGAUCUUCUAUGUUACACAUUUUGGUACAUGUAAAGGAAUCCAGACUGAUAUGAGUUUGAAGCAAAGUUGUUUCUAUUCUUCGUUUUACUCGUAAUUGCUCUUGAUGACCUUAAUGUAACCCCCCCCCCCCUUAUCCUCACCCCCUAGUGGAUGGUGGUAGCCUCUUCUCUCCUAAAUGAUCAUCUAUGUACAAAGAUUGUUCUAUGAUACAUGUUAUUGUAUAUGUUGUACAAGUCAAUAAGUGUACACGUAACACUGACAAGUCCUCUCGUAACUGAUCUAUUGUGACAUGACAAUACCAUCAUUUAUUUUUCUGUUUUCAAAGGUUAUGUUUGUAUUUUUAAAUGAUAUACGAAAGUCUAAAUGAUUGUUAUGACCACAACAGUCACUCACUCUCCCUCACCAACGCUCACAUAUCCACCCUGCCUUGAACCACAGAAAGGUGGUUACCAUAACCAUACAGGCAACCAUUCUCUCACACAACAUAUGUUACACAACACACACACACACACACACACACACACACACACGUAAAAACCUGCAUUAUCACUAUUCAUUUCACUCUGCUCCUUCUCAGGCAAAUGAGACAUUCCUAAAGGACAGACAGUCUACUGUGCUGGGAGCCAGUCAGCCCCAGACCCUAGAAAGAGUUGGAUUCGAUUGCCUGGCUGCUUUCCAGGCCAAUAUGAAGGCCAUUGUCCAUAACUGAUUGUGGUGGUCUAAUGAAGAGGGAACAGAUCUAUUUCCCUAUGUGUACUAUACCGUCUCUGAGGUUUGUGUUGAGUUAGAACCGGUGCAGUUAACUUCAAUGGCUGAGAAAAAGAAAACCGGGACUUUUCCUGACAUAAAGGGUGUUUUGUUUGUAUGUUUAUUUUGAUUUUAUAUCAACUGUACAACAAUGCUGGCUGGGAGUAAAGAAAAACACAAAAACAUAGAAAAACAGGAUAUUCUUUCUCUGUAGAUGUCUGUUAAAUGAAUCAUGGUACUGUACCUGGUUAUUCUGGCUGUGUCUCGUCACUGGAACUCUUGUCCACACUGUUGUUUCCUGGCCAAGCCAACCGUUUCUCUGGUUGUUUUCUCAAUGAUGGCAGCAAAGUUUGUCUUGUUUAAAUGGAUUCUACCACCUUUUGUUCUUAUUGAUAUUAUAGUAGUGUAAUAGAGAUUACUGGAAAAAAGAACUGAAAAUAUGUUGAUGCAAAUCAAAAAUUCAAAUAAACAUUGAUUGAUGUACA